AUGAAAUACGGGCAACGGUUGGAACGCGAUUCUGUUCCGGAAUGGAGCCUCCAUAACCUCGACUACAACUCUCUGAAACACGAGAUCAAAGUCCACACCACGCGCGAUCAAGCCACGGCGAUUGCCAUCCCUGGCCACCAAGACACCACACUGAAGAAAUUCGAGGACCGUCUUUACAGCGAGUUGUGUCGUCAGCACGCUCGCGUCGACCUGUUCAUCAGCAGCAAAGCCGACGAGGUUUCAAGACGGCUAGAGCAUCUUGGCAGCAGGAUCCAGCGUUUGGCAGCAGCGUCCUGUGGCGGUGGCGGCGGUGGUUGUUCUACAACAUCCUUUAAACGGCAGCGAAGAAUCACCAAGUACCAGGGAGAACUUGUACGCUGUGGAGAGGAAAUUCAGGCACUAUCGCGCUUUGCCAAUGCGCAAGUCGUUGCCUUUCGGAAGAUUUUGAAGAAGUACAAGAAAUGGACAGGCUCUACAACACUGACGUCCCGCUUCAACGAGAACGUGCUGAGUCACCCCAGAAGCUUCACCAAACGCACCUUUUCGCAUCUUCAGAGCCGGCACGACGGACUUCUCCCCAGCCUGCUGGCAGCGACGUCUCAACUCAGCGAACCAAGCUCACCAGAAACCAAUGCGCCAGCUCCACAAGAGUUGCCGGGGCCUCGUCGCCCACGGCAAGCAAAUUAUCAACCGCUUCCCCUGGCCGGCAUGGACUCGCAGGUCAAGUACUGGAACGAGUACGAUGACGGCAGCGAAGUCGGAGGACCCGAAGAUGAUUAUGCGAUAUACAUCGACCCCGACCAAGACGGCGGGUUUCCUGGCUUGGCAUACAUGAACGCCAUGCUGUCGGCACCGUAUGAAAAAGCAAAGCAGUGGUUCAAGACGAGGCAACCCAGCCGCGAACAUGGCCCGCUUCUCGCAUCAGAACAAGGCUCCAGCUUGGGAUACGCGUCCACGGCGGUGGAUUCGGAGGAGGAAGGAUACUCCAGCUCAGACGGAUGCAACGCCCGGCUCGGCUACGCCACGUACUAUGCUCUGCCCAGCAUUGGCGAGCAAAAGGUGCAGAGGUACCGGGAAAGAGUGCUCACGUGGGCCACCCUGGGCAGCUUUGUCGUUUCCUUUGCGCUGUUGGGCGUAUCCAGCGUGCUCCUCCUGACGGGAAGACACAAGCUUCACGUCGAGGUGGACGCCGGCGUGACUGUCGGGGUGGUGGCCAGUCUGUUUUGCGCAGGGUCCGCGCUGGGCAUGACAUUGUAUCGUCGAGAUGCGUUGACGCUGACGUACAACUUUGUGGUUUGGAGCGCUUUUGUGGCCAGCUGCAUCCUGAACGGCAUGCUCCUGGUGCUGGUUCUGGGCAACGAAGCAUGA